CAACAUCUAAUUUGUUCACGCCAAUUACACCGUCAUAGUGACACCGUCAUGGUAAUGCCGCCACAGUGACGCCGCCGCUGCCCGCCUGCGUCACUCCCCAUCCCCACACUACCGCCACUGCCCAUCCCCACACCACCGCAAUGUACCCCCACAUCACCGCCACUGUCCCACCGUUACACCACCGCCACUGUGUCACCUUCACACCACCAUCAGUUCUCCACCCUCUCACCAUUGUAAAUGCAUCACCACCACCCGCCCUUCCCACCUCCCAUUGUCGUGACCCAACCGUCGCCCAACGCUGCCCCACGGACCAAACCUUAGGCUCCGCCCACCAUUUCCGCCUCCCAAACCCAUAUCUAAGCCUCUAUUCGUCUAUUAAUAUAGAUUCUGCCCAUCUUCGCCGUCAUAGCCUUCACAACGAGAUCCGUUUACCGGCGAAGAAAAUGGAGAAGAAGAGAACCGCGUGGAUCGGAGGCGAGAGCGGCAUCGGCUGGUGGAGGCGGUGAACUUUUCUAUCUUCGGCCGAGCAACGGAUUGGUGGUGCCGGAUUGGUGGAGGCGCUGGGCUGGUGGAGAAAGAGGAGGAUGCGCAGAUCUGAAGAAAUGAUUGAACGGAGGAAGCCUGGGACGAAGGUAAGACAGACAGUUGGCCAAGGACAUUUAAGUCAGUUCACAUAUUUUUACUGCCUUUUUUGUCCACAUGAAUUUUAUAUUUGUCCAAUCAAAGCUGAGAAGUAAUAAUUAUGCGAUUCUUUCUAAUUAAUACUCCCUCCGUCCCUGAAUUAUCUUCAAACUUUCCUUCUUCGUCCGUCCCAAAAUUAUCUCUUCCUUCCCUUUUUGAUAAAGAAUUUGUGGUUCACGAUCAUUCUUACAUAUUCUUACACAUUUCUCUCUCCUCUGCACAACUCUCCACCAUACAAAAUCCACUAUCUUAAUAAGUGUGCCCAGCCGAAAUGGGAGAUAAAACAGGGACGGAGGGAGUAUGUGUUAAUAUUAUGAUUAUUGAAUGAGAUAUUAUCCAAAAUAUGACUAAAAUAGUUUGAAAAUUCCAAAAUAGGUCGGACAUGUUUUUCCCAAAAUAGGACUAAUUACUGUCAUGUUUUGACAGUACCACACUUCAAACAUGGCAGUAUUUUCUAAACAUGGCAGUAAUUAGUCUUAUUUUGGGAAUAAAAAACAUGACAAUCAUAUUUUGAAAUUUUGAAACUGUUUUAGUCUUAUUUCGGGAACUUUCCCUUAUUGUAUUAACUAUUUAUUAUAAUUGAGUUUUGUGUUAUCAAAAUUAGUUAAACCCAAUACUAUUAAGUAAAUCGUAUGAGCCAAUAAGUGGGAAGAGGCCCGUGUUACUUUUCAGGGUUUAAUGAGAACCCUAGCUAAACCUAACACACUAUAUCUAGGCUAUGAUCCCCAACAUAUAAAACGAU